UAUAAUUUGACCUGGCUACUAGGCCGGUGAACUCGAAUUCAAACGCCCGACACAACGAUAUGGUGUCUUUUUCGAUGUCUUCGGCGUUGCAUGCGUGCACCUUCGUAGCCGCUUUGCUGUUGUUAUUGGUCUUAGCCGCAGAACAGACUGGUGCCAAUGAAGUAGGCCUGGCUAAAUAUGAAGACAUUUACAGUUUUGUCGUUCAUUCAAAAAUCAAGUACAGAUAUGCUCAGACUGUUGUAUCAAGUCGCGUGGCCAACAAGGGAAAUACUUCCCACGAAGUACAGUUUUACGUAACUCUUCCAGAAACUGCAUUCGUUUCUAAGUUUUUAAUGGAAAUUAACGAAAAAGUGUACGAAGCUUAUGUAAAAGAAAAGAAAGAGGCCAAGGAAGAAUAUAUUGCUGCUGUUAACUCGGGCCAGACAGCUGCUCACGUUGAACAAAAUACAAGAGAUUCAAAUAAAUUUACGGUUUCUGUGAAUGUGGAAGCAGAAAGCAAAGUGACUUUUAAUCUCACUUACGAGCAAUUGUUAAACAGGAAAUUGGGAAUUUAUGAAAAUGUAAUAAACUUGCAACCUGGACAAAUUGUUAAAAUCUUGCAAGUCAUUGUAGAUAUCGAAGAAUCUUCAAACAUUACAACAUUGAAAGUACCAGACAUAAAAACAACAAAUGAAAUUGAAACUACGGUUAGUAAAAACAAAUUGGCGAAAAUUUCCCGUGAGUCAGGCAACAAAGUGACGAUAACGUGGAAUCCAACUGCUAAAGAACAGUUAACAUUUACGGAAAAUGGUGUUAAAGGCCAAUUUAUAGUUCAAUAUGACGUAGAUCAUAAUUCCACGCCAAAUCAAGUUCUUAUCGACGAUGGAUAUUUUGUUCAUUUCUUUGCGCCGACGGAUUUGAAACCACUUAGAACCCACGUCAUAUUUGUACUUGACGUUAGUGGUUCUAUGCGUGGACAGAAGUUACUACAAGUGCAAGAAGCUAUGGGCCAAAUUCUGUCAGAAAUCCAUUCUGAAGAUUUUUUUACGUUAAUACCUUUCUCUGAUUUUGCACAGGUUUGGACGAUAAACGCUACACAAGAAACGUCGAAUCGUUGGGACGAAACCAGUAGCACCUGGAAGACGAACAAUAAUUUUAGUUUGGAGACAUUGGGAGAAAAUCGUUUCGUUUUUCCGGCAACCGAGCAGAAUAUACAAUACGCCAAGAAAUUCAUUCAAGACUUAACAUCGGAGAGCAGUACAAACAUGGAAGACGCCCUUCGUAAAGCGCACUCUAUUGCCAAAUUGGGAGAAACGCGUUUCAAAGAUGGUGCUAAUACACCGAAACCAAUUAUUGUGUUCUUGACCGACGGAAAUCCGAAUAUGGGGAUCAGCGAUCCUGAGAAUUUGAUUCAAUAUGUUUCUUACAUCAACAAAGAAAAGUACCCAAUAUUCAGUUUGGGUUUUGGCGAAGGGGCGGAUAUUGAUUUCCUUAAAAAACUCUCAUUGAACAACACUGGUUUUGCGAGGGUCAUCUACGAAGCUUCAGACGCGUCGUUACAAUUGCGUAAUUUCUAUAAAGAAAUAUCAUCUCCCGUUUUGUCGAACGUCACCUUCCAAUACAUUGACGCUCAAGUCGAUAACAUUACCGUGACGAAAAAGUCGUUUAAUUUGUUAUUCAAAGGUACAGAAUUAGUAGUGGCCGGGAAGUUGAAGGAUGGCGCAUCGCCCGAUUUUAACGGCACUUUAAACGCUGAUUCGACAGAAGGGAAUUUUCAACGUCCUGUCGUUGUCACGUGUUUCGAUAUCCCCAUAAUUCCUCCCACCGAUGUUCCAAAAACAAGAAGAAUAGGUCAUUUAGAGAAGUUAUGGGCGUAUUUGAACAUACAACAAUUGAUGGACAAAUAUGAAUUAAACAAAAACGAAAAUUCUACGGCGAAAGCUAAAGCACUCGAAUUAGCAUUGGAAUACUCAUUUGUCACUCCACUUACGUCCUUAGUUGUGGUCAAACCUAAUGAUACAACAACAUCAGCGGCUCCAGAGAAAAUCAAACCACUUAAUGAAGGGAAUAAUUUCCCUCCUAUGAUGAUCGGUAGACAAUUUGAUCCAUCAGGGGCACCAGGCUUAAGUCAACCAAUUUACGAUCGUUCCAUGUUACAAGCUUCAUUCUUUAUGACACAAGGACCACUAGUUGUUUUUUCCGACGAAGAAGAUUAUGCAUCUGCAUCCCAAGAUUCUUUCCCAACUAUUGGAUCAACUCAAAUUGAGAAUUCAGUUAUUGCCACACCGACCACGAUUAUAGAUUUUUCCCAAGUUCUAACAGAUAUAUCAAAUUCUACAACGUUGCAUGACGUUAAAGAAUUAACAUGGUUAAAUGAUUCUAUUACAUUGAACGUAACUAAUACAGUUUACCAAAUAUCAAUGAACACUAGUGGUCAAUCGUAUCAAAAUUGUACAACACCCGACCAAAGUCAUGGUAGUUGUAAACAUUUAAAAGACUGCGUUGUGGCUUCAAUCCUGAACUCAUUCGAUACAUACCUUUCAUUGUUUUGUCCAAUAGAAACAUUGUAUGCAGGAAUUUGCUGUUUAGUGUAAAAUUUAAAUGUGUGAAUGUUCGUACAUUUCUAGUUAGUAAAUAAUUAUUAAUGUUUUUAAAAUGUCAAAGUUAUUUAUUAUUAUUGAUUAUUGACUUAUAUUAAUGUACCUUUGUAUUAUCAAU